AUGCCGAUAGUAGGAGAUACCAAAGUGACAGAGAAAUUAGAUCAUCAGUCUGCUGCUUCUCUUGUCACUGUCCAUUUGCAGGGUGGUGGAGGGAUGAGACUCAUGUCUAGCUAUGGUUACUAUCGUUCUGAUGAUCUGGUCUGGGACUCAGAAUACGACUCUACCUGGGAGGACGAUGAGGACUAUAAGCUUAUGCAGCAGUCAAAACCUAAAAAAUCGUGCAAGCGUUCAUGGAACAGAGCAGCUGAGGACUUGCAGCAUUACAGACAUGGCUACCCGAAAGAAAUGGCCAACUUGAUGUUCUACCGAAAUGAGAUGGCCUUUGUACCUAACGGAGUAUGUAUAGAAUAUCUACACAAGAAUUGGAAACAUGAUUACUACAAACUAGAAAGUAACCAUAGCUACAUCCAAUGGCUGUUUCCACUGCAGGAACCUGGUAUGAACAAUUGUGCCGUGCCCCUUACAGAAAAGGAGAUUGAGGAGAUGAAGAAAGAUAAAGAGGUAAUGAAGAGGUUCCUGGAGUCUUAUAAACUCAUGCUGGGAUUUUAUGGCAUUAAACUAGAGGACACACAGACCGGGAAACUGGCCCGGGCAAACAACUGGAAGGAAGGAUUUUCAAACCUAAAUAAUAACACACACAACAACCUCCGGAUCACACGUAUCCUAAAGUGUUUGGGGGAGCUGGGCUAUGAACACUUCCAGGCCCCUCUGGUCAAGCUUUUUCUGGAGGAGACCCUGUGUCAUGGCAAAUUAAAGAAUGUAAAACAAAGUGUUCUGGACUAUUUCAUGUUCACCGUAAAGAACAAGAGUGAACGCAAGAAACUGGUGCUCUUUGCCUAUGAGAACUACACUCCACAAGAGAAGUUUGCCUGGGGACCUGUAGAGACACUCCAAAAACUCAGACCUCCUGCAGCUUCUCCUGUAGCAAAAAGCAACAAUCAAUUAGAAGAUAUGCAAAGGGAGAAGGAAAAUAUGGCAAACCAAAACAAUGGUUUUUACUCCUUUUUCACAGGCCACAAGCAGAACAGAGGGUCAAAGAUUGGGUUUGGAAAAGACAAUGAGAUUGAUGGGUCACCAGGAAAGUUUGGGUUUGGAGAAGACAAGGAGAAUAAUGAGCUACCAACUGAGUUUGUUAAAGGUGAAGAAAAAGAGAACAAAGAGUUAGAAGAAAAAAAGAAGAAUGAAGGUCCAUUAACAGAUUUAAGGUCAAGAAAAGAUAAUGGGAAUGAAGGGCCACUAACGGAGUUUGGGUUAGCAAAUGAUGAAAAGAAUGGAGAUACACUAGAGGAGUCUAGGUCAAGGGAGAAUGAAGAAAAUGCAGGAUCACUGCUUGAAAUCCCUACUGAUGGCAAGGAGACCAAAGGGACAUCAAUAGAGUGUAAGUUAGGAGAAGACGGGGAGAAUGUGGGGCAAAAAAUGGAGUCUGGGUUUGGAGAUGACCGGGAGAAUGUAAGGUCACUGACAGAGUGUGAGUUAGGCGACAACAGGCAGAAUGGAGGGUCCUUAACUGAAGAUGGGUCAAGAAGUGACAAAAAGAAUACAUGGUCACCAACUGAAUCUGGGCCAGAAGGGACCAAGGAGAAUGAAGGACCAUCAAUGGAGUCUAUCUUAGAAAAUAAAAAAGAGAAAGAAGAGUCAGUAAUUAAGUCUGGGUCAGAAGAAGACAAGGGAAAUACAUUGUCACUAGCAAGUCCCGGGUCAGUAGAUGACAAGGAGAAUGAAAAGCCACUAACACAUUCUGAGCUAGUAGAAGACAAAAAGAAUGGAGAGUCACUUAUGCAGUCUAGGUUAAGUAUUAGUGAGGACAAUGCUGGCUCACCAGUGGGGUCUAACUCAAGAGAUGACAGAGAAGAGGGUGACUAG